CCGAUAUCUUGACUAAGGCACUCGCUCGUCCGCUUUUCUUGAAGCACGCCACUGGACUCGGAAGUACUGGUGUCUAAGUGAGGGGGUGUGUUGGAAGAAGUAAUACCCAAGGAAGCACCGUACCGGAGGAAGCAUUGUACCCACAGGCGUACGAUUAAUGUUCCUUCUUUUCCUUACUUGCUAUUGCUUAUCAUAUAUCAUAUCUUGCACUACGACACCACAUGUCACGCUACCGGUACAAUUAUUUCCGUUAGCUUCUUCGUCCUUCUUGAGCAGUACUUAUACGCUCAUGCCUCCCAUUUACAAACAACAACGAAGACUUUUGGAGCUAGCAGGAGAUGUCAAGCACACUUCCUUCUCUAAGGUGGAUUCAACAAUGUUCACUUGGACUUACCGAUAUACCAGGGUGUCUUCCGAUGGAGACUACCCGAUUUCUGAUAAGUUUAGUGCGCGGCCGCGUCGACGGAAGCUGGAUGUCGCAUCUUGAUCAACAUACUCUUGUUGAGAGUUGUAUCAGUCAUGUCUCCGGAUACCACGACGGUGAACAUAUUUCCAGAAUUCCCUAUCCCUGGCGCGAUCUUCAACCAACUUGAAGAGUCUGUCAAACGUUCGUUCAGUGGGGUCGUCGACUUCCUGGUGACUAAACUCCCCGCUCAGUACACCG